UCGCAAAGUAAGGUUAUCGCCACAUGUCAGGCAAAUGUAUCAGAAAACGUAACAACAUAAUCUCCUAGUAUAGGACUUUGAAAAAUGGCAAAUCUAUCUAGCCCCAUGGUUAUGGAAAGCGAAAUUGAAAUUCCGUAUUUACAUAAAUAUAAGGACGAUGCACUUUUCGAGAAAUGGAGAGGUUAUCCGGCUUAUUACGAGGACGAGGGCGAAGACGAUGAAGAAACCGAAUCCAAAGUGGAAUACGCAGAGAUCACGGACGAAACGUUGGGACAAAUUCAGCGAGAGUUAUGCCUAAUAAGAUUAUGUUGGCCAAAUAUGAUGGAUCACUCAGAAAAUUCUUACUUAGCGACGUUGUCUAGUAGCUACAGAGAAACUAGUGAAAAAGAAAGGGUUUUGCUGUGGUAUGCUGAAAAUUUCCGGAAACAGUAUCAUACAAUUUACACGGAUCGAAAGCCCCUGUUCCUCGCAUGCAACAAUGAAUGCGGAGUUCAGAAGUUCGUCUCUACUUCCAUUCGGCGAAGCACAUUACCUUACCCAGAACUGUACACGUGGCAAGGAUGCGCAAAAUUCGUUAGCGACUACGUGAUAUACGUCCCGCCCAAGAGAGCACUCAUUACGCCUAGUCAUUUGCGGUCUCCAACAUGGGUAUUAACUACACAUCGUGGGAACAGCUUCGAAUGUGCCACAUUUUUAGUGAGCUUGCUGCUAGGUGAGGGGUACAAUGCGUACGUAGUCAGUGGCUAUGCCUCCAGGGAGCAAGUGCGGUGCGACAUGACCAAGAGGACUUGUCCUUACCUACCAAAACGGAAACCUUCUCCACCCUCGGCGAAACCAAAGGAUACCUCUAAGUACCGGUUAAAACCUCCACCGGAUCUUAGGAGUCAGUUUCUCUUGGAAAUGGAAGCCAGAGAACAUCGGAGAAAAGAAGAGGAGCUUCACCGUCAAGAGGAAGAACGUCGGAGAAAUAUACAGGAAUUGGAGAAACCACCUCCGGACAGUUAUUGGGGACGUAGGAUACACGCAUGGGUGGUUGUUCUGCCGGACCGAGGAGGAUCCAGAGAGCACCAGGAAGUGUCCGAGCCUUUCUUCAUAGAGCCAGCUUCCGGGCAAUCCUAUUUCCCGAAGGAACACGAGACCGGUCUUCUCUAUUUGGGGGUAGAGAGCAUUUGGAACGACCAAAAUUACUGGGUGAAUAUGCAGACAUGUUCGACAGGAUGUGCCGAUAUUGACUGGGAUUUGAGUAAUGUGGAGCUCUGGGAGCAUCUCUUGUGUGGCGAGCCCUGGACGAUGCGAGGCUCGGACGAAGAGGGCACCGAGGAAGAGAUCGAUAUACAGCGGGACAAACACUUGGACAUGCCGAUGUCCUAUGUGGACAAAAUUGACAUCAAUAGCCUAGAUUUCGAAAGACGAUACCCAAACGGUUCAAAGACGAUAUUUUAUAAGAAGACCAAGGUUGAAUUAUACGCUCCCUAUGUCCAAAUGGAUGGCCUGGGGCAGCGUCUUACUAUUUAUGAGGAUUAUGAGUAUAUGACAGCCUUGAGCAUACAGGAACAAUAUGUGAAUAGAGCCGACAGACUCGUAGAGUCCAGGAAAGACUUGGAAUUGGAAUGGGUCGUGGAUUUUUACGCAAGAGGACGACCAGAUGCUUGCAAAGAGCAUCAUUAUUUCAUGACCGGGCAAGAUACUGUGAGCGACGAGAGAAUCUUACAGUUUUAUGACGUCGUUCGGCUCGAUGGUCUCUCUUGUAUGGAAAUGCAUCCUACUUACUUGAAGCAAGAAUACAUUGGCCGCGAAGACUUUCUGUAUUAUCGAUACGUCGAAUACUCCAUUGAAGACGUUAAUGAUAGAAAAAAGCGCCAAGUUUGGAAAAUAACCGAAAAAUAUCACAGAAACGAUACGAUUCCGGCAGGCAAGGACAUCGCCAUUCGAGAAUUUGAUUUACGGCAAAAUGAAAUACAACUUAAGUAUCAUUAUGAUAAAGGACAAGGUACCAGGGCUACUCGUACGUUUAUAAAACCACCCAUAGCAGAACGUGGUGACAGACUCACUUUCCAUCCAGACAUGACUCACGGUUACGACCCAGAUCCAAUGGCCCUUCCCAAGACGUCUCUUAAUUUAUUUUAUGAACUAGACAAGCAGCUAAAAGACGAAGAACGUUGCUUAUCUUACAUUAGGGACGCCGAAAUGGAAAUUGGCACGUUCCUAAAAACUCGCCAUUCAGAAUAUUUUAUGCCGAAAUUAACAGUCUCACCUUUUGAUAGAAACAGAAAUGAGGAUGCUAAAGCAAGGAUGUUCGCGAAAGAGGAAAUGUUACGUGCUCAAUGUCAACGAGAAGUGGAAGAGGACGUGGACAUCUUGGGGCCCUAUUUAGCAAGAAUCGGAAAUCCUACUAUUUUAGGGAAAGCUCAAGCGAUACAAAUACGCCAAGACUGCCUUAAUGAUUUCAAGAAAAUGGUUAUAGACAGAGCGAAUUCCAUUUUGCGGAUGUUCGAGAAAUGCAGCCAAGAGUUAGAAAAGACUCAGUCAAUGUUGGUGCAGGCGGAGGGUUUAACGAGAGAAGAAGAGGAAAGAAUCCUAAAUGAAACUAAUGAGAUGAAUUUUUAUUUACACACCUUGGAAGUCAGAUUAAAUCGACAUCGGGAUUUGGUUCCUGAACGAUACCGGAUGAUGUUGAAUAUGCUCCGAGAGGAUGGUCGUCUUUCGGUCCUUUAUUAAAACACUUUAAUGAUGAAAACACGAAAAUAC